AUGAAAGCCUGUCCUCCUUUCAAGCUCCGGCCGGAGAUCCGUGACGACCCCCUGGAUAUUUACAAGCUAGAGUUCUCUGCUGACGGCGCUGUUCUCGCAGCUGGGUACGGCGAUGGGACUGCUCGUCUCUACAACCCGGCCUCCGGGCGGAGACUUCACAAGCUGCAGCACAGCAGCCAGCACCCCAUUCCAUCUCUCUCGUUCUGCAACGUCACUAGCGCAGGCUCCGUUCCUCUUCUGUUGAGCGUGUCGUCAGUUGGUCAAGUGUGUCAUUGGCACGUCUCCCGAGGGUCAAUGUUACAUACGUUCACCGAGGACAACAAUGAGCUAUACACCUGUACAUUUAGUCCUGAUGGAACGUCCUUUCUGACGGCCGGCAAGGACAUGGUGAUCCGCUGUUACGACGAGAGUACCAACCAGCUCUUGUGCUCCUUGCGACAUGGAAAUGAGGAGACGACUUCUGGUCAUGCGAACCGGAUAUUUUCAGCCCGUUAUAGAGCAGACGAUGCCAAUAUAAUCGCAUCUGGUGGCUGGGACAACACUAUUCAGAUCUGGGACAUCCGCGUUGGCCACUCUGUUUGGUCCUACUAUGGCCCCAAUGUGUGCGGGGAGUCUCUGGACACCGUGGGGAGCUACUUAGUUGUGGGGUCAUGGAAGGGGACAGAUCAAAUUCAUGUCUACGAUCUGCGCACUCGUGAUACCCUUGCAAUCUAUGACUGGUCAAAGCACGUUCCUCCUGCUGCUAGUGUAGAGGAGUACCAGGUUGCAAUCGACGCUUACCUGGACGACUGCAAAGAGGAAGCAAAGAACAAGCUCCGGGCAGAGCGCAUUGCAGCAUAUACAGAUCAAGUUGCUGCACUAGAAGAUGAGCAAUCGGGCAGCGACAGUGAUGCAGAUAGGGAGCUAGAGCGAAAAGCUGCAAAGAUUGGCAUGGAGCUUAUGUUAGACACUAGCGGCACUGAAGCGCCGUGGAAGUCCAAACUAGUAGCCAACACCUUAGAGACCACCCUUAUCUACUCUGUUAGUGUGUCCAAAAACCCUGCUAUCCCUCUGGUAUCUGCAUGUGGCAGUGGGGCGAACGAGGCAAAGGUGCUGGAUUAUAAAACAGGUGAAGUCUUAGGGGGUGUGCGCCUUCCAAAGAGCGGGUUUGCCACCGCGAUGUCUCCUGACACGCGCUACGUUGCAUAUGGCGGCGCCGGAUAUGGCAUUUGGAUGGCCAACAUACCUGACCCAACCGAGGCACCAGAGCCAGCUGCUCCUCUUGCCACUACACAAUCGGCAAAGCAAGCCACGAAACCAUCCUUAAAGAACACGAUCCGCCCUGCUCCUGAAAAACAGCCGGUGGGACGACCAACGCAUUCGAUGCCAGAUAAGCCCAAGGCUGCUGCUGGCUUGGCUAAGCCGGAGCUCCCGAACGGCCAGACUGGAACAGGUGCUAGUGCAAAGAACCUCACCAAAAUGACCAUCCCCGCAAACAGUCAGACAAGCUCGACGUCUUCUCUUUCCGGAGACAAGGGACUGCGCAGUAAGCCACAGGAGCGCCUUGGAAGCGCAAAGGCUCCUGGCUCGGCUGGUGCCCUGGCCCCACUUUCUGGCUCUCGCGUUAAGCCCCAGGCGCUGGCGCCGAUCAAGAAAGACGGGGAGCAAAAGACCUCUGUAAGGAAGCCCACUAAAUGA